GUGAAAUUUUGUAUCUGCUGAACCUCUGAGACGAUCGAUAUAUCUAUAAUACAGCUGUGUUGCUGGCUGCGCGAUCGUUUACGGCUUAGCACCUGAGUGUAAUUCUCUUUAAUAUUGACGAUCGUUUCUGCCUCAGGUAAACCAAACCAAACUAACACAUUCAAAGUUACUUUUCACCUUUCUGCGAUAAAAUUAUUAACCAAUACCAGUGCAAUUGUGAUCGUAUCGCGAUCGGUUGUGUGUUGUUUCAGUCUUUGCAAACCUGGUUUUCUUUUUUGAAAAAAAAAGUGAUCGAUAAAUUUUAUGGAAAUAAGAAAACAAAGUUUUUUCUUUCCUUAAAGCUAUACUAUACAACGUUGAACGUUAAAAAACAACUCUUUUGGUGACUAACAAUAUCAACUUUGUGACGUUACUACAGGUGUUUCAUAUAUUUGGCAACCCAGUGCCGCAUACUAUAGCAUCUGAUUAUAUAAGCAAAAGAUACAAACCAAUUAUUUCGAAGGAUACGCGCGUGAUAUUAUCAACAAGAAGAACAACAACAAAAACAACAACCCAGAACGAUUGGAGUUUAAAGAAGAAGAAAACAAGAUGCUUAAGGCGAAAACAGCUUCGGACAAGGGCGAUACUCUUCUUGGAAAGAGUCUCGUCCCAAUCAUUGACCUCGCACACUGUGGAACCGAAGAAUGUCCCGUGAAAUCUGUUGUAAAUCGUGUUGCUCAACAACUUGGCAAAGCACUCUCAGAAAAAGGAAUGGCUCUCUUAGUGAACCAUGGCAUUUCCGAUGAAAAGCUCAAAACAGCAUGGGACCAUUUAGAUGAUUUUUGUGAACUCUCAACCGAUGUCAAAGAGCAUUAUAUUCGUUCUGGUGAAACAAAACAUGGCUACGUCCAGCCAUUACGUAGAAAAUCAGAUGGCAAUGCCCCCGAACUGAGACAUGCUUUUAACAUUUGCACAUUGAACAGUAAGAAUCUACCAGAAGAACCAUUGCCAGGCUUUGCAGAUCACAUAUCAACAUUGGCAACAGAAUUCAAGGCAUUGGCCAGAUUCGUAUUGCAAUCGUUGGCAGUGUCUUUAGAAAUUCCACAAACAUUCUUCCUUGAGAAACACUCACACAUGCUCUCGGGAGAAAAUGACAAUGAAACGAUAUUACGUUUACUCUACUAUCCGCCCAUCAUAGAGGAGGAUGACAAAGAUGAACACAUCAAAGGUCGAUGUAAGUAUACGUAUCAGAAAUGCCUUACCGAGAUGCCAGACUUUAAGCCAGAAGAAGAUCCGCGAGAGCAGCGAAAAGAAAGUUUAGAGAAGGAACAGGAGGAAAAAGAGAAAAAAGAGGCGGAAAAUAAAGAUGUUCUUGACAUGGCUAGUACUAGUAAGGAGUUUUUGAAUGGCCAUGUGACUAGAUCGAAUGCACACACAGACUAUGGAACGUUUACCCUGCUUGUCCAAGACUCAGAAGGUGGCUUGGAGGUGCAGUUGCCUGGGAGUGAGAAAUGGCAACGUGUUGGCCAUUUGCCAGGAGCUAUUCUCAUAUUCUGUGGAGAGAUUCUUUCCAUCUGGACACAAGAACGAUACUCUGCUUUGCAACAUCGAGUUGUGAUACCAGAACAAGAACACCUCAGAAUCAGGGGUCGACAUUCCAUUGCAUUCUUCUGCCAUCCAGAUAACGUUACGAUGAUAUCACCUAACGAUUUACCACAAAGUGCUGUGGCAGAGAACACUACCACCAAAAAAACCCGAAAGAAAUCCUUCAAAGCUGCCAAAGAAAGGGUUUAUAACGCCUACCAGAUGAUACAGAAAAGAAUCAAAGACUCGUAUAGCUCUUAAACACCUACAUACUGAGAUACAAAUCAAUGAAAAAACAAAAAUAAAACAUCAACGGCCUUCAACUUCAAAGACUUUCCGUUUAAGGUUUCAACAGAAAAAAACAAAAAAAAAAAUACAAACAAAAGCUACUAUUUUUUUCUUAUUGAUCCGAAAUUGCUAUUUAAUUUUUUUUCUUUUCCUUUUAAGUGUAAAAUAUUUAUAUGUGAAUCAAAUAUAUGUAUACAACUUUAUAGACUA